AUGAAGCAAUUGGGAUUGACUUGUAGAUGGAUACCUUCUCAAGCAGCUUUCAACAAACUCUCGAUCAGAUUCAACAUCAUACUUUUAGCAACGCUGUUUUCUUUGAGGAUGAUAUGGAGUUCAUCUGAGUUCAUCGAUUUCGCAAACUUCGAGUUCUCGAAAGUAAGUUUCCGUGAGGCGAUGGGAUUUGCGGCUCUGAUGAUGGCAGUUUCGUAUCAUACUGGAAGUGUUCGCUGGAUUCUAAACGAAGUGCUUACGCUUGAAGAUCAAGAGACACAGAUAAGGGUUGAAAGAGUUAGCUAUGAUCAGUGGUUUCUUGACUUUGGCUUUAUACCUCAUGAACUUGUUCGGAUUCGUCUGGGGGAUGUUGUUGUUACCAGUUUCUCCUCCGAGUCUUCUCUUGGUUCUUGGAUUCGUCAAGUUCAGAAACGUUAAAGAGUCUCGAGAUUAGGUUUCUUGGAGAUGAAGAUUCCGAUCUAUAUUAGCUUGAGAUUGCUAGGGUUUUAA